GAGUGCCUUAUAAAAACCUUCCCGGCUGGGUGUCCCUCACCUGCUGACUUCUUGCCAGAGCUCCACACUCCUGUGCAUUGAGGGUUAACCUGAGGUUUGAGAAGAUGACUAAGCUGGAAGACCACAUGGAGGGAAUCAUCAACGUCUUCCACCAGUACUCAGCUCGGGUGGGAGAUUUUGACACCCUCACCAAGCGUGAGCUGAAGCAGCUGAUCACAAAGGAACUUGUGAACACAAUCAAGAACACCAAAGAUCAAGCCACCAUUGACAAAAUAUUCCAAGAACUGGAUGCUGAUGGAAAUGGACAGGUCACCUUUAAUGAGUUCGUGGUCCUGGUGGCCAGGGUGCUGAUGACUGCCCAUGACAAUAUCCACGAUGAGCACCACCACUGAGUGGCUUUUCCCCAGCAAUGUCUGCAAGAAGAACGGAGGGAAGUGAGAGUUAAUAAAUGUACUCUUGAAAAGUU